GAAUUUAUUAAAGUAUUAAUUUUAAUUUAAUAUAUUGUAUGUUAUGUACUAAAUAAUAAAUAUGUAGUAUUUGUCAUUAAUCAUUGUUUUUACUCUAAAUUUUACUUUUUAAAUUUAUUGGUUCUUAAAAACAUUUUAAAAACAAACAUAUAAUGAGCAAAUCUUUAGAUAUUUGUAAAGCAUCUCUAGUAAGUUUAAAAGCAGAACUUCUACGCAAACAAGAUGAAGCAAACAAAGCAAAAAGUUUUUCUGGUGAUACAUUUAUUCGACCAAUACCUGGUGCUAAAACACCAUCAUGUCUUCUCCAAUCUAACGAAGGUGUUGAAAAAAGAAACGCUAAAGAUUUAGAAGAAGAAUAUACACCUGAUGUUGAAAAUAGUUUGAAAAAAUCAAGAGAUGUCUUAACAAUGAAAGCAAAACUGUAUGACAAACUGGUUAAUGGUGAAAUGGUAAGUGAACAAGACAAAACAUUUUUAGUUGAUUUUAAACAAAAAGUUACUGAAAAUAAAACUACUUACCCUAUAUCUUCCACAAAAGAUAAUGUUAAGGAGCAAGAAAAAUCUGAUUCGGAUGCAGAUUUAGAUAAAUAUGAUUCAGGAGCUGAUGAUGACUGGAUAGAUUAUACAGAUUUCUUUGGGCGUACCAGGAGAUGUUUGAAAACAGAUCUAGAAUUUUUUAAAAAAAGAGAUCAAAGGAUUGAAAAAGAGUUAGAACCACCACUACCAUCACCUAAUGAAAUAAAACAACAAACACCUUUAACUGUACAAAAAUUUGUAAAAGAAGGUAGGAACUCUGAAGAAAUAUCUGAACUUGUUUCAUCAGAUAUGCGAAGAGAACAAUUGCGUCUCAAAUGGGAAGAAGAAGAAAGAAAAUUAGCUGAACGAACUGAUAUUCAUUAUGAAGAUAUACGAUUUGACGAGGUCCGGGAGCAUGGUGUUGGUUAUUAUUCAUUUUCAACGGAUGAAAAAGAACGUCAUCGCCAACAAGCUGAGCUCAAAAAGCUUCGAGAACAGACUAAAACCACUCAAAUUUCCGUACAAAAGCUCAAGGAAAAGCGUGCCGCACAGAUGGCUGUCCGACUUAAAGCCAUCAAGCGACGUAAAAAAGAAAAACUCGGGCUUCCGCUGGACUCCAGUUCGGACGAAGAAGCGCCACCACCAAAGGCUCCGUCCCCGGAAGUCGUCGAAGAUAUGGACGCCGAACGAGCAUUUGAAAAGUUGAGGAAAGCCGCUCAUGUCAGACCUUGGGACCAAGGAAAGGACGGACUACAAAAAYCUUUGUUGACCCAAGAAGAAUGGAACGAAAAGCAACGUGCCGAAAGGAAGCCAGAUUUUGCGUGGGAUUAUGACGACGGCCCAAAARUGCCCAAAAAAGUAUCGUCCAAUAACUAUCAACACGUCGACAAAGACGAGGACGWUGAUGAUGACGACGACACUGACGAAGAUUUGGUUGGACCAUCGUUGGAUAUGUUUGUUGCACCCACUAAUCCAAACAAGCAGAGUACAAUAACAUCGAAAAGUUUUAAAAAGUUUAUUCACAAUGAGUUGGAUGAUGAACCUGGGACCACUGACAAWCCAUAUCAUGAAGAUAAUAGCGAUUUAGAUAGUAUUCCGCUACCAACUGAACCGAGGAAAGGAGCAGAAAUCGCACCACCUCCCACAUACGAAUAUUAUGGACCAAGUGGGCGAGGACCAAAAGCACAAGACAACUUWAUUAGUGUWAAUGAAAUGCAGGAUUCUAUUUCUAAAGGAUUUACCAACUCAAAAAGCAUGAAUAAACCUCGAACAGUCAGAGGUAUUGUGGACGACGACGACGAUGAUUGAUAAUGUUUAAAUAAAUAGCUUUCAAGGUGAUACUAUAAUUGUUACUCUAUUAAAAAACAUUACCUACAUUAUUACAAUGAGUGAUUUGUUGUUUAUAUUUAA